CAAAUUGUAAUGUGUUUAAGCAGUUCAGUAUAUUGGUAGAAGCAAAGCGAAGCGCACUGUAUUUUUUAGAAAAAAAAAAUCCAGUUUUUGUACGUAAAAGUUUCUUAUCCUUUUCGACCAAUUGUUUAAAUUGAAGUGGAAAUAGAGUAGUAUUCAUUUCAAAAUAUAUAGUGUUGGAAAGCGCGUUCUAAAUCAUAAAACCUACAAAUAAAAAUGGCAAAAUCUCAGGCAACCUGUUAUGGAAAAUCCGCACUUAAUUUGCUGCGCAUGAAACGCGUUUUAUCCGUUUCCUCGGGUGCACGGUAUAUGCAAGUGCGGACCAAGUGUGAUAUGAACGGUAUCGUCAUCGGGCUGUACCUAAAGGAGGGCGAGAAGGAUCCGCAGAUGACCUCAAAUGGCGAAAAGUUCGACGAUCGUGUCAGCGGCAAGAUAACUCAAUUAGUUAGAGAAACGGGAAUGACUGGCAAACUGGGCAAGGGCAGGAUGUUCAGUAAUGUGGACGAGGAGUUCUCGAGUGUCGCGGUCGUCGGCUUGGGCCAAGAGGGAGCCGGCGUUGAUGAGGAAGAGAUGCUCGAUGUCGGCAUGGAGAAUACUCGUAUUGCCGCAGCGGUUGGUGCACGUUUCCUCCAAAUGCAGGGCGCUCAAACGGUGUUCGUCGAUGGCAUGGAUCACCCGGAGCAGGCAGCCGAGGGAGCUGCGAUGGGCGUUUGGAGAUACAAUGCCAACAAAUCGAAAAACAAUCGCAUGCACAUCCCCAAGCUGGAACUGUACGGUUCUGCCGAUGUGGAUGCCUGGACGCGCGGACUGUUCAAGGCAGAGUCUCAGAAUCUGGCCAGACGUCUUUCAGACACGCCGGCCAAUCAAAUGACGCCCACGAUCUUUGCUCAGGCUACGAUUGAUGCACUGUGUCCCUGCGGCAUUGUGGUGGAGGUGCGUUCCAUGGACUGGAUUGAGGAGCAAGGUCUCAACUCAUUUCUGAUGAUAGCCAAAGGCUCCUGUGAACCGCCCAUUAUGUUGGAAAUCAGCUAUGUGGGCAGCUCUCCAGAUGACAAACCGCUUCUGCUAAUGGGCAGUGGACUGACCUUCAACAGCGGAGGUCUCUGCCUCAAGAGAAAGAGUCGCAUGGACGAGCAACGCGCCGCGAUCAGUGGGGCAGCAACUAUUGUGGCUGCCAUCCGAGCUGCGGCUGCUUUGUCCCUGCCGAUCAAUGUGUCGGCUAUGUUGCCGCUCUGCGAGAACAUGCCCUCGGGUAUGGCUGUCAAGCCGGGUGAUGUGGUCACCCUCAUAAAUGGAUCGACGCUGUGCAUCAAGGAUACCUCGGCAGCCGGUACCGUAAUGCUUGCCGAUCCCAUACUUCAUGCGAUGAACACCAUGAAGCCCAAGACCAUGGUGGACGUGGGUACGCACGCCAAGGGAGUGGUCCAUGGAUUGGGUGCCUCCUCAACUGGCCUCUGGACGAACAAAAGUGCUCUGUGGAAGCAGUUCAAGAAGGCUGGAUCGGUCACUGGUGAUCGCAUGUGGCGAUUGCCACUCUGGAACUACUUCAGGCAGCUGAUCGAGCCAAAUAUGACCUACGAUCUGUGCAACAAGGGCAGAGGACCCGCCUCCUCUUGCCUGGCGGCUGCACUUCUCCACACGCUCGUUCCCAAUAAGGAUUGGGUGCAUCUGGACACCAGAGGCACGGGCAUGACGUGCCUAGAGGGUGUACCGCCAUAUCUACUCGAGGGUCGCAUGAGUGGACGUCCCACUCGUACCAUAAUACAGUUCCUCUACCAGAUGGCCCUCAAAUGAACUUUGACGAAGACUUGUUGUCUAAUGCUGUACAAUUUGGCAAAUUUGUGUCCUAAAUUAUUUGUGUUUCUUAACCGUAAGUGCGACGAACUUUUGAAGAUGUUAGAUGCAGGACGCAAGAUGUCUUUUUAUGAUUGUCCCCCCGUGUCGUGUAUCUUAAUGUCUAUGUAAAAUUUUAGAAUCUUGUAUGUUAUGUUAAUCUGACCAAUGAUUGGUAAAUUAUACCAUUGUAAUCUUAUCAAA